AUGACAACUGCCGGCGCCACUCCUGCCCCUGCCCCUCCACCUCCGUUAUCAAGCACCACCCCGAGGACCACGCCCCCGACAACGACGAUUACUACGUUCACCCCUGGUGCACCUGCCGGUCGAUUCCGUCGAGCAGAGUUUUUUCUCCUUCCCCCACUCGAAGCUUUCAAAGAUGCACUCUACGCUCCCGAUGACCAUGCGAUUGACACUGCCAGUCGCUGCUUCUCAGAAGCGUUCCAUUUUUUGAAUUCGAUCGCCUCCGCUAGUCAAUCUACCGAAGGGGAACUGCGAGAAUUUGUCGCUCGCUUGGCGGGUGAUCCUGAGGUAGUUGGGGUCAUGGCGAAAUCUUGGGUGCAGGCUUUCACCAGAGAGUGGCCAUUUGCUGUACAUCGCCCUGUCACACAAUUCCUCGUGAUGUUUAGUCGAAUAAUUGGGGGUACUCCCGCUGACGUUUCCUUUCGGACCGUUGCAGACGUUUGUCCGGCGUCGAACUUGCUAUCAACGUGGUUGACCGCUCUCCAAGACUUUUUGAGUCAGACACGGUCGUCCUCUGGCUCAGAGCGUCAACUUGCAGCUGCAAAUCGAGGAAUGCUCCUGUCUGCGACAGCCUCGUUCUUUCAACCCCUUCCGACGCUCGAUGCAAUUGAUCCUGUGUUAAUCCAAGCUCAUGAACUUUGGAGAUGGUACACCAAGAUAGCCCGGAUUUCGAACACCGAUCUCAAAAAUUUCUGUGCCAUAUCUAUCUAUUCGCUUGCUAGGUUUUUCUCGCUGCUCAUAUCUGGUGGUCCACAAUGGACUGCCAAAGUAUUAGAUAUUGGUCUGUUGCAUCUGUUAGCAAAGACAUUGAACUGGAUGCAGAAUUCACUCGACUCAGGGCGGGACCAGUCUAUAAACAGCGUCUUCGAAGAAAUACUCAACACGGUUCUUCUCCUUUCAAUCUAUAGACCUGUUGUCCAAGGGUGCCGUCGCACUAUGAAGAAGAUCUUAUGGGCGAGAUUCACUCUCCGGAAGCUAGCUACACGCGAUCCAUCUGCUUUCGAAAGGCCCUGGAAACCGCUUGUUCAAACAGACAGUGUUGUGAGCCUUUCCUUCCUAACAAUCAUUUGCGACAAUGUGGGGGUUGUCUUGUUGCUAGUUAUUGUUCAAAAUCGUGUCAAAGGCAAGACUGGCAAGCUGGGCAUAAAAACGACUGUCAGAAUACAAGAUCUAAACGAAUUAUUCACCCACGGGAUUAUUCCCAAAAUGAUCAAGACGCAGCAGAUAUGA